GGGGCAGCCGCCACCUGAAUGGGGAGCGGCGAACAAAAAGAGGAAAACCGGGACAGCGGGCGGAGAGCGGCGGCGCGGCCAGCCUCGGCUCCCCGCCACCGGCCGGUGAAAGAAGAAAUGGAGAUGAUGACUGAGAAACACAGAGAUACUAGGUAUUUCUGGAACAAUACUCCUGAAAAAUGCGAUUAUGAGGCUGUAGAAGCCCUUAUUUCUAUGAGUUGCAACUGGAAAACAGACUUCAAAAAACAUGCAGAAAUGAGACCUAUAACUCCAGCAUCUGAUGUGUCAGAAGAGAGCGACGACACUUUGCUUCCUGGAGCAGCGGACUUCAAUGCAAUACCAGCAUUUUGCCUGACCCCCCCCUACAGCCCUUCUGACCUGGAGAUGUCACAGGUGGUCCAUCCGGGGGCACCAGCGCCUGCUGCAGUGCUCGGCAAGUCAGCGGCUGAGGCUGCCAAGCCUCCUCUGGCUGCACUUCGGAGAGAGGCAGAGAGGCCUCAGGCAGCCAGGCCUCUGAAAGCUCAAGCAACAAGUGUUAUCCGCCACACGGCUGAUGCCCAGCUUUGUAAUCGCAAAACCUGCCCGGUGAGAACAGCCAGCGUGCUGAAAUACCAGGACAGUGUUUCGAGGGAAGCAAACGGUAAACAAAGCACGGAAGCAGAACACGCGGUGCGUUCUGCUGUGGUGCCGAGCAGAGCCGGUGAGGAGAGCGGUGACCUGCCAGUGGCAGAAGGAAACACCACAGACCCAGCUGUCAGUCUGGUGCCCUUGACAAAGCCCUCUGUCAGCAGGCACCACCCUGCCCCUGGGUCGGCACAGCAGUUGUCGUCAGCACCACCAUGCCCCGCCCAAGGCAGUGGAGCUCCCCCCGUGCCCAUGAUUUGCCAGAUGGUGCCGCUGCCCGCGAACAACAAUGUUGUGACGGCCGUAGUGCCCAGCGCCACGCCCAGCCAGCAGCCGGCUCUCUGUCAGCCCAUGGUCUUCAUGGGCACCCAAGUUCCCAAAGGCGCUGUUAUGUUUGUUGUGCCCCAGCCAGUUGUGCAGAGCUCAAAGGCUCCCAUCAUUAGUCCAAACGGCACGAGACUCUCUCCCAUUGCCCCUGCCCCUGGCUUCGUACCUUCUGCAGCAAAAACCACUCCUCCGGUCGAUUCUUCAAGAAUAAGAAGUCACAUUUGCAGCUACCCAGGGUGCGGGAAAACCUACUUCAAGAGCUCCCACUUGAAGGCUCAUGUCAGAACACAUACAGGAGAAAAGCCGUUUAGUUGUAGUUGGAAAGGCUGUGAGAGGAGGUUUGCACGGUCUGAUGAACUGUCUCGCCAUCGCAGAACGCACACCGGGGAGAAGAAGUUUGCCUGCCCGAUGUGCGAGCGACGGUUCAUGAGGAGUGACCACCUAACGAAGCACGCGCGUCGCCACUUGUCAGCUAAGAAGUUACCGAACUGGCAAAUGGAAGUGAGCAAGUUAAACGAUAUCACCGUGCCGCCAGCAUCUGCGACCGCGCAGUGAAAGGACGACUUCUGAAGGCGGUGGAAUUAACUGUUGUUGCUGGGAUGUGCCGGUUUAAAAAAAAAAAAGGCUUUUGCUCCCGGUCUGUGGUUCUCCCGCUCUGGCUGCUGACAGUGGUGCAGCAGGGAGGCAAAGGCAGCCACAGAAAACGUGGCUGGGAGAACCGGUGGCUGACUGGGAAUAGCGGGUGUCUCUUGCACUGGUAAGGAGAGAGAGAAAGGGAAGGCACUAGAGCAGAGCAGCACACAUUGUGCCAGCUUUGAAUUUUGCAUUUAUACUCUAGAUCAGCCACGCGUGUUACCGAAGGUGUAGCUGCUGACGCUUGAGACCAACUCUGAUUUUUAACUCUCAGUUGUCGAUCUGCAGUACAGCACAGACUAGGAAGGCGGCAAUGUACAGGCGCGGGCUCGAAAGCCCAGAACACCCCUGCAUAAGAUAAUCUGAAUUGGUUUUCCUACUUUGGCCACCUUUUCUUGGUAGGAAUCUUUUCCUCUGUUGUGGAGACAUUAGACCCGUCCUCCUGCGCGGGGUGUUUAAUGUACCCCACUUUAUCCUGCUGUCCGGGGGGGCCUUUGCAGGGGUGCUUGGGGCACCCCCGGGGCAGUGGUGGGGGUGGGAAGGUUUCUGAAGGCUCAUUAGCUUUGCAAUAUUUCCCCAGCUUCUUUGGCAAGCUUUGUGGUUAUUACAGUCGGUUGUACCUGGGCAUUGUACGGCGCUUCGCUUUUGUGUUGCUUACGGUUUCCUUUACACCUCCUCACGGUUCUGUACCACCGCGUUUUUCGUGAAUGGAUAUGGUGCACUUUUAAGAGAAACAUUGUAUCUGUAAACUGCUCGGGGUGAUUAAGGAAGAAAACCAAGAAUUUUAGGCUUCUUAAUCAUGUUAUUCUUUGAAAGGCGGUUUAUACUAAAAAUGAAAUGGCUAUUUUAUGUAUUGUAUUAAAUCAGAAAGUUGUGAUUCGAAAAGUAAAACGAGGCAGCAAAGACACCAGCUUAGGAUUGAAACUGUAGCUUUUGUGGCAAAUAAUGCAUCAACUUUUGCUAUUUCUAUUUUAUCAUGUUAUGUUGAGGACACAUAUCAGAAAGUGAACGGUUUGAAAAUAGUGUAUUAGAUACGCUUUUUGUGACUACUCUGAAGAUUUGCACAUUUCUUAUGUUGUACUUUAUACUUUGUUUACAAUAAAGCCACUUUUCUUUAA